ACCGCAGCGCGCGGGGCUCCGGGGGCAUCCGCCGCUCGGCUCCGUCUGCGGGCUUCUUCCCCUGUCUUGUCCCGCUUCUGCGGCCGCGCUGCCGGGCCCUCGCGCGUUGGCGAGGUCGACAAGCAGCAUGGCGGUGGAGGAAGAGGGACUGCGGGUCUUCCAGAGCGUGAGGAUCAAGAUUGGUGAAGCCAAGAAUCUUCCUUCCUACCCGGGGCCAAACAAGAUGAGGGACUGCUACUGCACUGUGAACCUGGACCAGGAGGAGGUUUUCCGGACCAAAAUUGUCGAGAAGUCACUCUGCCCCUUUUACGGAGAGGACUUUUACUGUGAAAUCCCUCGGAGUUUCCGCCACCUGUCCUUUUACAUUUUUGAUAGAGAUGUUUUNCGAAGGGACUCCAUCAUAGGCAAGGUGGCCAUCCAGAAGGAAGACUUGCAGAGGUACCACAACAGGGACACAUGGUUCCAGCUGCAGCACGUGGACGCGGACUCGGAGGUGCAGGGCAAGGUCCACCUGGAGCUGAGACUGAGUGAGGUCAUUACGGACACUGGUGUCGUCUGCCACAAACUCGCUGCACGCAUCUUCGAGUGCCAGGGUCUCCCCAUUGUGAACGGGCAGUGUGACCCUUAUGCCACAGUGACGCUGGCCGGACCCUUCAGGUCUGAAGCAAAGAAAACGAAGGUGAAGAAGAAAACCAACAACCCCCAGUUUGACGAGGUGUUUUAUUUUGAGGUGACCAGACCCUGCAGCUACAGCAAAAAGUCCCACUUUGACUUCGAGGAGGAGGACGUGGACAAACUUGAAAUCCGAGUUGACCUCUGGAACGCCAGCAACCUGAAGUUUGGGGAUGAGUUUCUCGGGGANCUGAGGCUCCCUCUCAAGAUUCUGCGACACUCUAGCUCUUAUGAAGCCUGGUACUUCCUCCAGCCCCGAGACAACGGCAAUAAGAGCCUGAAGCCAGAUGACUUGGGGUCUCUGAGGUUAAAUGUCGUUUAUACAGAAGACCACGUCUUCUCCUCUGAGUACUACAGCCCACUGCGUGACCUGUUACUGAAGUCUGCGGAUGUGGAGCCUGUCUCAGCCUCAGCAGCUCACAUCCUGGGUGAGGUGUGCAGAGACAAGCAAGAGGCAGCCAUCCCGCUGGUACGGCUCCUGCUGCACUAUGGCAGGGUAGUGCCCUUCAUCAGUGCCAUCGCUAGCGCAGAGGUGAAGAGGACCCAGGAUCCCAAUACCAUCUUCCGAGGAAACUCACUGACAUCCAAGUGCAUAGACGAGACGAUGAAGCUGGCGGGCAUGCACUAUCUCCAUGUGACCCUGAAGCCCACCAUUGAGGAGAUCUGCCAGAGCCACAAGUCCUGUGAGAUCGACCCUGUGAAACUGAAAGACGGCGAAAACCUCGAGAACAACAUGGAGAGCCUGAGACAGUAUGUGGAUCGCAUCUUCACUGUCAUCACCAAGUCCGGGGUGAGCUGCCCCACCGUCAUGUGUGACAUCUUUUUCUCUCUGCGGGAGGCGGCUGCCAAGCGCUUCCAAGAUGACUUGGAUGUGAGGUACACCGCUGUGAGCAGCUUCAUCUUCCUCAGGUUCUUCGCCCCUGCCAUCCUGUCCCCAAACCUUUUCCAGCUGACACCCCACCACACGGACCCACAGACUUCUAGAACCCUGACACUUAUCUCAAAGACGAUCCAGACCCUCGGCAGCUUGUCCAAGUCCAAGUCUGCCAGUUUUAAGGAGUCGUACAUGGCGACAUUCUAUGAGUUCUUCAACGAGCAGAAGUAUGCAGACGCUGUAAAGAACUUCCUGGAUUUGAUCUCAUCCUCGGGAAGAAGGGACCCCAAGAGCAUAGAGCAGCCUAUCCUGCUUAAAGAAGGGUUCAUGAUCAAGCGGGCCCAGGGAAGGAAACGGUUUGGAAUGAAGAAUUUCAAGAAGAGGUGGUUUCGCCUGACGAACCACGAGUUCACCUACCAGAAAAGCAAAGGUGAUCAGCCACUCUGCAACAUCCCCAUCGAGAACAUCUUGGCUGUGGAGAGGCUAGAGGAGGAGUCCUUCCGAAUGAAAAACAUGUUCCAGGUCAUCCAGCCAGAGCGUGCCCUGUACAUCCAGGCCAACAACUGUGUGGAGGCCAAGGACUGGAUCGACAUCCUCACCAAAGUGAGCCAGUGCAACCAGAAGCGGCUCACCGUCUUCCACCCGUCGGCCUACCUGAACGGCCACUGGCUCUGCUGCAGGGCCUCCUCAGACACGGCUGCUGGCUGCACUCCCUGCACUGGUGGGCUCCCGGCCAACAUCCAGCUGGACAUUGAUGGGGACCGUGAAACAGAGCGCAUCUACUCUCUCUUUAACCUGUACAUGGGCAAGCUGGAAAAGAUGCAGGAGGCCUGCGGCAGCAAGUCUGUGUAUGAUGGCCCUGAGCAGGAGGAGUACUCAACGUUCGUCAUCGACGACCCCCAGGAGACGUACAAGACACUGAAGCAGGUCAUCGCUGGGGUGGGGACCCUUGAGCAGGAGCACGCACAGUACAGGAGAGACAAGUUCAAGAAGACGAGAUACGGGAGCCAGUGAGUGUUGGGGUGCUCCCUAGCCAC